AAUUUGUUGAACAUCCCCCCUCGUUGACAUCAGUCAAAGUUUAUGGCUCACAUUAUUUUUUAUUGUAAAUUAUCAAAAUGUCGGACAAUGAGGAUCUACUUAGUUAUGAAAUCGGUGACAUCGAUGUGCAUGAUGAUGAUGGUGAUGAUUUAGAUGCCGUCGAAGAUGAACUCCUAAUGUCUGACGAUGAGCCCACUUUAGACGAUGAAAUUACAGCGAACACAACGCAAGCGAAGAAAGAAGUGGCCGGUCGUUUAUCCAAAAAUGACAGACAAAUCGUUUCGCCACCAGCGGUUACCGACUCCAGUAAUAAAUCAACAACGAAAAAGCGAACGCUAAAGCGAAAUGUCUGCACAACAGUCAAUUCACAAAUACCGCCGAAACAGGCGAAACAGGUGACCGAUGAACAAUCAUCGCAAAAUGAAAAGCAAGAAUCUCAGUCCCAUGGUGGCUCCGAUUUGGGACAGGAAAUACCACAAAAUUCACAAGACACGCUUCCCGCUAGACUGACGGCAGAGGCAGUCACACCUACCAAAUCGAACAAAAAUGCAGAUGCUUGUUCAUUGUCUGACUUAGAAAGUCCGGUCGCUAGUUUAAUUUUCUCACAGAGCGGUGAUACGACAACACCGACAACAACAGUGACAAGCCAGGAUGAAUCAUUAAGUUGUGUGGAUGAGAGUGAAAGUGAAAGUGUGUCUCUGACGCAACGGAGUCAGGACACUGUAUCGGCACAGAAUUCGCAUGAGGAAUCAGCUGUGGCUGAUGACCUCGAGUCCGAUUACAAUCGACACAAAGUCGACACAGAACUGGAAGAUUCGGAUGAUUGUACGGAACGAACGAACGCAAGAUUGUGUGUAGAACGGGACGUAGGUAGCCAAGACUCACAAGUGAACCAGGUGAGGCAUCCGUUCUAUAAAAAUCAACGUGGUGGCGUGUCACCCAGAAACAAUAUCGGUCCCAGACCGCCACAAAACUUUCCACCUCAAUUCAAUGCAUUCGCACAGCGACCGAACAAUAUGCAAUUCAAUCCACGGUAUGGUCCACCGCCAAUGAUUGCGCCUCCACAAAACCAUCAAAGUGGCCAGCGAAUGGAUUUCAGAGGCAUCACACCAUUAAACUUUCGGCCGCCGUAUCAAAACAAUAUGCAGAGACCGGGCAAUCGACUACACUUUACACAACAUGGUCAGGCCGUCAGUCGACCCAAUUUUAUGCAGAAUGGACCGACGAACGGUCCACCAUUUCCACCGUACAAUCAACAGAAUCCACAGCAGAUUAUGGGCCAUUUCGAACAGAAUGGACCGAUGAUGUAUCCAUCGAGGCCACCAUUUCGUUGUCCAACAGCGCCACAGUAUCCUGGUCCACCUAGACAUGAAACGGCACCACCUCACAUCGCACCACCUGGAUUACCGGCAAUCGUUCCCAGAAAGGUUCUGAUCAAUCCGAAUUUCAAAGGCGGUGUACAGGCUGCGACGAAUCAAUUGAUGAUGGACACGCUCGGUAAUCCCCAGUAUAUGUCGGCGCAAAGCGAUGCCGAAUUGUUGCGACAACAGGAAGCGUUCAUCAACAAAAAUCGUAUGCACAUUGAAAAGCGACGGUAUGAACGGUCACCGGACAGAGAUCGUGAACGGGACAGAAGCUAUUCGCCACCGAGAAGAGAGCGUCGCUACAGUCGCGAACGUGAAAUCCGUAAGCCAAUGCAGAAUCGAGGUGGCCGAAAUCAACGGGCCGGCAGUCGUGACAGACCGUUUACGAAGCGGAGACGAAGCAGCAGUUUGGAACGUGAUAAAUUGAACAAAGUAGACGAUAAGCCCAAUGAACCCGAAGAUGAGGAGACAAAAAAGUAUCGAUUGGAAAUCGAGAAACAGAAGUCGAUGAGGGAGAAAAUACUGCGGGACAAAGAGAUGCGUCGACGACAAGCGGCUGAGGAGAAAACGAAAGACGAUGAAAAAAAACCAGCGGAUGAACCGGCGACCACAAAACUAACUCCGAUCAUCGUCACCGAAAAGAAAAUUAUUUCGCUAAAGAAAAAGACCGAAACAAAUCCCGUCGUGCAACGUACGACUUCAUCGUCAACAAAACCAGAAGCUGCUAGAAAAACCGAUUCACAAUCCUCAGCACCAUCAAUAGCGACCAAGUCCGUGCGCCCAGUGUUGCGAUUACAAACCGCCAACCAACGGCUCAGCGAUUUAGAGGACUACGACGAAGACGAAUUGCUUGCCGAUUCACCGACACCACCACCAAAUCCCACACCGUCGACCAAUGUGACCGGCACAAUGUUCACAAAUCGACGGGUCGUGUUGACGUCAUCGUCGACCACUGCCGACACUGUGGUGAAACCGAAAAUGUUGCUAACGAAAAAUGCAACGGCCAAAGGUAUUUUCGAUCGGCUUGACGCUAAAAUCGGGAUCAACGAAGCGGCCAAACGGAAAAUUCAGAAAAUCGUCAUCAAAAGCAACGACUAAAACGUAAGGUACUUGAAUUAGUCCCGGCGUCUGUGGGCGUUUUGUGAUAAAAGUAAUUUCUGUAACAAAAACUUUCUUUGCGUCCAGCUGCGGACAUAUUCUCAUUUCACACACUCACACGCACGUUUUGUUGUGAACUUUAGGUGAACUGAUAUUCCGGAACACGCGGUGUGUUUUUCUUUAUUUCUUGGACGAGUGUGGUUCCAAUUUUAGAUCCGCAGUUUGGGCGAUUCCGGCAUUUACACAGACUUUUGUCCAACUUUUUUUUUUUGAUAAGAGCAAAAUUUUGAAGAAUUUUUUUUCCCUUCGAGUUAAUUUUGAUGCUUUGUGUUUGUAAUAUAAGAUUCAGUGCCAGCACACCAUUUUACAAAUUCUUGUUUGAUCAAAUUUUUUUUUUUCCUGAAAUGUUGAAGCACUAAAGUCGAGUAGUUUUCGGUUAUUAAAUUUUACAAUUUUUUUUUUUGCUCAUAAGUUUGAUUUGAUUUAGAACGCACCUCAAUCAAACGGAUUCUCCAGUACGGCUUUUGCUGAAUUUAUUUACAAACUAAAAAUUUUUACAACAUCAAUAGUCUAACGGAAUGUGGUUUUGAUUUGUUAUUGUGUCCUUCUACAAAAUGUAAAUAUUUUGCACACAAAAAAUAGAAUUUAGAUAGGACAACCAUGUUACAAUGUUUAAGAGAGAAAGAAAACAAUCGUUCAAAACACUGAACGAAUUUGAUCGGGGAGAGAGUGUAACCCUGUCACAAUGAAUUUAUUAUUUUUUUAAAUUUUAAUCACGAAAAAUUCCAUUUUGUACAUUUUAUAAGAGAAUUUCUUGUUUUUUGUGUUGAUUUUGACAUUUGACUCUGUAUGUUGACGUGUAAACGUAUAUGUUUGUGCUGCGGAUAGAACGCAAAAUUAUUUAUUAAAAUUUUCUUUUUUUAUCAUUUUAUCGACACUCCACACUCUCUUCGUUUUAUGAUUUUUAUUUUGAUUUUUACUUUUUAUAAAAAUGACAGAAAAUCAAUUGUUCGUAUAGUUUGUGUACAACAACAUUUUAUUACCAGUAAAGCCCAGCUACUUAUUAUACAAACACGACUAUCAAUUAAAUUGUACGAAAAACAAAACCUUCGUUUCGUUGCGACAUUGAAUUCGGCCUGCCGUCCAGUUCAUUUGUUUAAAUUUUCUAACUACAGAUUAGAUGGACGGUCAAAUUCUUUCCAUAUCUCUACAGCCGUUCGGAAGAGAAUUCUUUUAAAAAUAAAAAGUCCAGCCCGACCUGCCUCGAAACCCUUUGAGGGCUUAUGAAAUUGUUUGUCACCCAACUUUGCCGUGAAAAAGAGUUCUUUCUGGUUAAUCACUGGCUUACCUCUGGGAUAAUAUCUCGUUAAUCAUUGGUUAAUCACUGGUUAAUCUCUGCCUAAUCUACAGUUAAUCACUGCUUAAUCACUGGCUUAACUAUGUGAUAAUCUCUCGUCAAUCAUUGGUUAAUAUCUCGUUAAUCAUUGGUUAAUCACUGGUUAAUGUCUGGUUAAUCACUGGUUAAUCUAUAGAUUUAUCUCUGGUUAAUCACUUGUUAGUCACUGGAUCUCUGGUUAAUCUAUAGAGUUAUAUCUGGUUAAUCACUUGCUAGUCACUGACUAAUCUCUGGUUAAUCUCUGGUUAAUCACUUGUUAGUCACUGGCUAAUCCCUGGUUAAGCACUGGUUAAUAUCUGAUUAAGCACUUGGUAAUCUCUGGUUAAGCACUGGUUAAUCUCUGGUUAAGCACUGGUUAAUCUCUGGUUAAGUACUGGUUAAUCUCUGGUUAAGCACUGGUUAAUCUCUGGUUAAGCACUGGUUAAUCUCUGGUUAAGCACUGGUUAAUCUCUGGUUAAGCACUGGUUAAUCUCUGGUUAAGCACUGGUUAAUCUCUGGUUAAGCACUGGUUAAUCUCUGGUUAAGCACUGGUUAAUCUCUGGUUAAGCACUGGUUCAUCUUUCUUAGCCAGAGAUUAGUGGUUAAUCUGGCUAAUCUCUGGUUUAUCAGGUUAAUACCUGGUUAAUCACUGGCUAAUCUCUGGUUAAUCUCUGGUUAAUCAGGCUGAUCAACAAAGAGUACGUACCCAUUUGAUCAAGUCACUAAAUUUACCCUUUAAGUUGUAUAAUGUUACUUCAAACUUCUUUAAGUCACUAACUCUCUUCAAACUACACCAAUUCCAAAUUCAAAACGCCUGUGUGAUCCAUAACUACCUGCAUUCACCAGCUUCAAAUUAGACGCCGAACCGAAUUACUCGCUGAGAAUCAGUUUUCAUUUCUCACACAAAUCUCGUUCUGUAUCCGAAUUACAUUUUAUUGUUUGAUGCUCGCAUUUGUCUAGUGAUGAUUUGAUUAUAUUGGAUAAGAAUAAAUAGUGAACAACUUUAUUAUCAAUUCGAGAAGUUGAAAUUAGUUUUAAGUUUGCUAUAAUUCAACUUAAUCAAAAAAAUUGAUUUGCUUUUUGUAAAAUAAGAUUCUAGUUAAACGUUGCUACUACUUUAAUAUUAGGACAUAUAAAUAAACUCAACAACAAUAAAUUGUGCAUAAGAAGAGGACAACCUAAAAUAAUAAAAUUUAAAUUUAAAUAUAGAAAAGUAUGAGAGAAAAGUUAAACUUAAGAUUAUAUCCUGGUCAUAACAAAUAAACGAAUUAAAAUUCAGUCUUAAUCCCUCAAACAACAACAUUUUUCAUUAGUCAAACAGAAAAAUAAAAAUUUUUGUUUUUUGUUCACUUUUCAAAUAGACGUAACAUUUCAUUAAGCUAAACUAAAAAUCGUUUUCUUUGCAAACAAACAAACAAAAUUAGAAAAGAAAAAGCCAAUUUUCUAAAAACAAACAAACAACUGCGUGACUAGAAAUCACUGUGCGGUCACUGGUAAAAAGUAUGAAAUACUUAGAUAAGAAUUAAAAGCAAACUAAAACAAAGCUGAAUCUAUAAUGCGAAAUGUUAAAUUUUUUGUUUAAAAAAAAUAAUCGAUUCGUACCGAUAGCAAUGAUAGCUUAUUCAAACAAAAUCUAAGACAACACCAGGACCUAUUUAUAGGAUUUAAAGAAUUUCUAGAAAUAGACCCUGCAACACCGAAAAACAUUUAAUUUUGGAUUUUACGUCGAUGCGUACAGUAUCCAAUAAACACGACACCGAAAUAAAUAAAUAACGACACCGAAGCAAUAAUUGUCAAGUUUUAAACUCUUCGAUGAAAAAUCCAUGGUGUUAAAAUGAAAUGUCACCUUUUCGUGUGAUUGUUGACCUCGGCUUCGCCUUGGACGUCACACGAAAACAGGACUUUUCAACUUGUUAUCCUUUGUCAUGUAAAUAACUUUUUCUGUUGUUGUAACCCUUUUGGAGUCGUUUUAGGGUUGAUAGAGAGCUCAAAACUCGCAGGAAGAAUAGGAUUUUGAAAAUAUGUUGAAGCGGAGUGGAGUAAAAGUGAAAUUGUAUUGGUUUGAGUGUCUCAAAGUUCGGGUUGGAUGAUUUUUUCGAUGAUUUUUUUAGUCCACUCCACUUAAAUGUAGUUUCAAAGUACUUACCUCCGAAUUUUGAACCCUUUGUCGAUAUGGUCAGUUGUGUGGCUUAGAUUAGUGGUAUGUGGCAAAAACACAUUCCGUCUAAACACAUUCUGCAGCUUAGUUUAUCAUUGUAUCCGAAAAUAAAAGCUUGUCCAGCAAGUAUUACUGAUAUCAUUAUAGUAUUAUCUUUAGCAGACCUCAUCAAAGAUGAAAAAUUAAUAAACUUUUCACGGACGACAAGCAGUUCAUUAGGACAGUUUCGAAUCUAUUACUUCAUUUGAUCCAAGAAUUUUUGAAAUAUAUUACACCUUUAGCUAACAGACGAUAACAAAUGUUCGUAAAAGCUCAAUUAUGGUUUGAACGCCACCAAUUUGUCUAACUUUUAAGUCUGAGUUUGAGUACGCGAUCAUUUUCGUCUUUGAAUUCAUUGAAAUUCGUAAUGGUGUUAACAAGUGUCUCGGACAUCUCAAUGCUUCCUGAUCCUUGCUCCCAUAAAAUCAAUUUCUGCAAAGCAGAUCAUAUCAAGAAAUUUCAUUUAGUUUCUCUGUGAAAACUCUUUGUGCCUUCUUCAAUCUUUGCUAUCUUACCAAUCGUUUGAACAAUUCGCAUUAUAGUUCGAGCUAGACUUAAGAGCCUUUAAUUUAAUUCAUUAAAAGAAAACAAGACUGAAACAUUAACCAAUACGAAGUAUACAUCAACGGAAGGCGCUUCAGAUGUGGGACAAAAGAAUGGAUUGAUUGUACGGCAACGACGACGGAGCUCUCUGGAAAUAAAUGGAAGGAUGAUACGAACAAAGGAUUGUG